AUGGCGCUGCCAGACGCCAACCCCGAUCUCUCCUCCGCUCCACCAGAGGCGGUGGAGGUUAAUAACAUCAGCCCCCUGCCCGACGUCAUAAUCUACCAUAUCUUCUGCUUCUUGCCCUUCAAAGACCUGGUGAAGACCAGCGUGCUGUCCAAGCAAUGGCGUUUGGCUUGGAACUCCACUCCGAACAUCGAUGUCUCUCUCCGCUCAUGGCUUGUCGUUCCUUUGAUCAGCAAAGCACUGAGUCUCUGCACUUCCACUAAGAUAGAGAAGUUCCAUGUGAACUUUUACGUCCAUCCUGAAUUCGAUCGGUGGUUCCACUUUGCUGCGGCACGCCAAGUGGAGGACGCUUCGUUGGUCUUUGGAGGCACGAAUCGUGUUGUACCACAAUUCAUGUGCGAUUGCACGUCGCUGGUUAGCUUGCGAAUAUCGAAGGCUACUUUUCCACCGGAUUUUACCAUCCACUGGCCUUCACUUAAGAAAUUGUGCCCCCACGACGUUAUUUUCAUUUACUUUCCCUCGGAGAAAGAUGUGAUUAUGAAAAUCAUGAGGGGGUGCCCUGUUCUUGAAUCUUUUACGUUGCGUUCCUCCUGGCUCGAAGCUCGCAACAUCUGGAUUGAUUCAAGAUCUCUAAGAGAGUUGGUGAUUGAAGCGGAUAUUUCUUCGUCGCUCAUUCUUUCGGCUCCGAAUCUGCUUUCAUUGCAUUUGUCAGGUGGAUUUGUCUCCAGCCUAAUUGGAGUAUCUUCAUUAGCAGAGGCAGAGUUGAACUUUAACGAGCCAACUCGUCGUUGGUACGUUUCUCACGACUUUAAGUCCCAUCUUUUAAAGCUGCAACAUGCCACGAAAAUCACAUUCGGAAGCUGGUGCCUUCAGGUUCUAUCAAGAACGGGGAUAAAGGGACGGCCGUACCUGUCAUCGAGAUGGCGAAAUAUUGUGGUGUAUACUACAUUUAGGAAAAAAGAUUUUCCAAAGCUCUGCAACUUUGUUGAAAAGCAAUUUGGGCGCUCACGGAAGGAUUUCCCUUGUGUGGCAAAUCAGCUCAAAAGGGUUGAAAUUGUCGGGUUCGAAUUCAACGAUGAGAAAUCAAAACUUUUGCGUGCCUUAGCUAAGUUUCUUCUCGAGGAGGCAGUUGAAUUGGAGAAGAUAGACAAUCCGUGCUGA